AACAUAACCUUACAUUUGAACAGUGUUUUGAUUUUUCUGGAACGUCCUGUUUGUGUGAAAAAAUUCCCGGAUAUGGCUACAAUUCCGGCAUCUGCUUUGGCUAACAGGAACAAGAAACAUUUCCUGGGUGUUCCUGCACCAUUAGGCUAUGUGGCUGGAGUUGGUAGAGGAGCUACAGGAUUCACAACGAGAUCAGAUAUUGGUCCUGCCAGGGAUGCUAAUGAUGUUUCGGACGAUCGACAUGCCCCACCAGCAGCCAAGAGGAAGAAGAAAGAGGAAGAAGAGGAGGAUGAUGAGGAUCUCAAUGAUUCCAAUUACGAUGAAUUCACAGGCUAUAGUGGCUCUCUCUUCUCCAAAGAUCCCUACGAUAAGGAUGACGCCGAAGCAGAUGCCAUUUAUGAAUCAAUCGAUAAGAGAAUGGAUGAGAAGCGCAAAGAGUACAGAGAGAAACGCCUAAAGGUGGAUUUGGAGAAGUAUCGUCAGGAACGACCGAAGAUUCAGCAACAGUUUUCGGAUUUGAAGAGGAAUCUGGUCACCGUGACAGAGGAUGAAUGGCAGAUGAUCCCUGAAGUGGGUGAUAGUCGCAACAGGAAGCAACGGAAUCCACGAGCGGAGAAGUUUACACCACUUCCGGAUAGUAUUUUGUCCCGGAAUAUGGGCGGAGAAUCAUCCACAACACUAGAUCCCCGUUCCGGAUUGGCUUCAAUGGUUCCGGGAAUUAAUACUCCGGGAAUGCUGACACCCACCGGAGAUUUGGAUUUGCGGAAAAUUGGCCAGGCUAGGAAUACGCUGAUGAAUGUGAAGCUUUCUCAGGUGUCGGAUUCCGUGGCUGGACAAACGGUUGUGGAUCCCAAAGGAUAUUUGACUGAUUUGCAAAGCAUGAUCCCCACGUAUGGGGGUGAUAUAAAUGACAUUAAGAAAGCCCGACUGCUGCUAAAGAGUGUCCGGGAGACAAAUCCCAAUCAUCCCCCAGCGUGGAUUGCUAGUGCACGCCUCGAGGAAGUCACGGGGAAGAUUCAAAUGGCCCGAAAUCUCAUUAUGCGCGGAUGUGAGAUGAAUCCACAGAGUGAGGAUCUCUGGCUCGAAGCUGCACGUCUUCAGCCGGCUGAUACGGCAAAGGCUGUCAUUGCUCAGGCUGCCAGGCACAUUCCCACCUCUGUCCGGAUCUGGAUUAAGGCGUCAGAUCUCGAGGAUGAGCUCAAGGCAAAACGUCGGGUAUUCCGGAAGGCUCUGGAACACAUUCCCAACUCUGUGCGUCUCUGGAAGGCUGCUGUGGAGCUGGAGAAUCCUGAUGAUGCUCGGAUUUUGCUCUCCCGAGCAGUUGAAUGUUGCAACACAAGUGUGGAACUCUGGUUAGCUCUGGCACGUCUUGAGACGUAUGAGAAUGCCCGGAAGGUGCUGAAUAAGGCACGUGAGAGUAUUCCCACGGAUAAACAAAUCUGGACGACAGCUGCAAAGCUCGAAGAGGCCAAUGGGAACAUCCACAUGGUGGAGAAGAUCAUUGACAGGGCCCUCGUGUCGCUGAGUGCAAAUGGGGUGGAGAUUAACAGGGAACAGUGGUUCCAGGAAGCAAUUGAAGCGGAGAAAUCCAAUGCUGUGCAUUGCUGUCAGGCCAUUAUAAAGGCAAUCAUUGGCGUUGGCGUGGAGGAUGAGGAUAGGAAGCAAACGUGGAUUGAUGAUGCUGACAAUUGCGCCAAGGAGGGUGCUUAUGAGUGCGCUAGAGCCGUCUAUGCUCAUGCUCUGCAGGAAUUCCCAUCGAAGAAGAGUAUCUGGCUUCGUGCGGCGUACUUUGAGAAGAAUCACGGCACAAGGGAGAGCUUGGAGACACUCCUGCAGAAAGCCGUGGCUCAUUGUCCCAAAUCGGAGAUUCUCUGGCUCAUGGGGGCAAAGUCCAAAUGGCUUGCUGGUGACGUUCCAGCUGCCCGGGGGAUCCUCUCCUUUGCCUUCCAGGCAAAUCCCAAUUCUGAGGAUAUCUGGCUGGCAGCUGUGAAGCUGGAAUCGGAGAAUAAGGAAUACGAACGAGCAAGGCGUCUCCUGGCCAAGGCGAGAGCUUCUGCCCCCACACCGCGUGUCAUGAUGAAGUCUGCUAAGCUCGAAUGGGCGCUGAGUAAGCUCGAUGCAGCCCUCGGGCUACUGGAGGAAGCUGUGAAAGUCUUCCCGGACUACCCACGGCUAUGGAUGAUGAAGGGACAAAUUGAGGAGCAGCAGAAGAAGUUGGAUGCAGCAGCAGAAACUUACUCUCUCGCCCUGAAAAAGUGCCCCACGUCCAUCCCAUUGUGGCUCCUCCUUGCAAAGCUAGAAGAGACGCGUGGAGCCCUGACAAAGGCUCGCUCAGUGCUGGAGAGAGGGCGUCUGAGGAAUCCCAAGACUCCCCUUCUCUGGCUUGCAGCUAUUCGUAUUGAAAUUCGCGCAGGGCUCAAAGAUAUGGCCAAUACAUUGAUGGCACGUGCACUGCAGGAAUGCCCAACAGCUGGAGAAUUGUGGGCUGAAGCAAUCUUCCUCGAGAGUCGUCCGCAGCGGAAAACAAAGUCAGUCGAUGCGCUCAAGAAAUGCGAACAUGAUCCCCAUGUUUUGCUGGCCGUGUCGAAGCUCUUCUGGUCAGAACACAAAAUCCAGAAGUGUCGCGAUUGGUUCAAUCGCACCGUGAAGAUUGACGCUGAUUUGGGAGAUGCGUGGGCGUACUUUUACAAAUUCGAACAGCAACACGGUACGGAGGCGCAACAGGAGGAUGUGCUGCAGAGGUGCAUCGCAGCUGAACCCAAACAUGGCGAGGAGUGGUGCAAAGUCAGCAAGAACAUUGCCAACUGGUGUUACAAAGUCCAGGACAUUCUGCUGGCCGUUGCGAAGGAAUUAAAAUGUCCCAACUAGAUUUGCUUUUUAUUUAAUUCUCGCUUCUUGUGGAAAUAUAUUUUAGAUCUAAGGAA